AUGAAGACCACUGCUGCUGUUUUUGCCGUCGCGGCGUCUGCCUCUGCGCCGACCCUCACCGGCCCCUUCUCCUUCGUUGACCCGCCCAUGUCCACCGACGCUCUGUCGAUUCCCAAUACUGCCACGCCCAGUUCCACGCAGACCCCAAACAUAGACCCAACGAGCGACUUGACCCCGGUUCCGUUCUUGCCCUGGGAUGACGAGGGUCCCUUCCGUUUCAUCACGAUCGUCCGGAAGGACGCUUCGGCUUCGGACCUGGGGCCGCCUGCCGCCCCUGCCGCUGCCGCUACCACGAACCAAAUGACAACCAUUGCUUCGGCUUGGGACGUGAGCGUUGCACCCACCGUCGAGGCACGCGGUGAACCCGACAUGACGGAGGAGGCGACGACGACGACGAUGACGCAGAGUAAGCCGACGCAAAUGACGCCAAACCCCGCGGGGACGAUGCGCGCCGACGAAAUUCUGGAUGCUCUGAGGGAGCACACGAAGAGCCAAGAGCAGCAGCAGGCGGAGAUGACUACGACUCAGAGCAUAGACUUGGUCGUGCCGAUGACGACACAGGGCAACUUGGCGACCGACGCCGUUGCGACAACGACAGGGGACGCUGAGAGCCGGCCGACAAUUGAGCACGUCGAAGAAUUCACCAGGGAGUGCGGGUUUUAG